AUGACCCGAUACAGUGUUGAACCCGAAGUUCCUGAAAAGACUUCCAAGAGCCGUGGCUCUCACUUGAGAGUGCAUUUCAAGCACUGCAGAGAAAUUGCUCACUUCACCAAGGGAAUGAAUGUCCAAAAGGCUUUGAAGCACUUGGACAAUGUCUUGGAAUUCAAGUCUGUCAUUCCGUUUGUCAAGUUCACUGGAGGUAUUGGACGCAAGGCACAAGCCAAGCAAUGCAAGGCCCCCGGAAACAUUGGUCGAUGGCCCGUGAAGGCCACUGCCGUUUACAGAGAUUUGCUGAAGAACGCCGUGGCUAACGCUGAAACCAAGGGAUUGGAUCCUGACACCUUGAUUGUGGAUCACGCCCAAGUCAACCGUGCUCCUCCAGGAAGACGUAGAACCUACCGAGCACAUGGUCGUAUUGGUAAAUACGCCAGUCAACCAGCUCACAUUGAAAUUAUCCUUAAGGAAGCACCCGAAGGUGUUGAGAAGGCGGCGGAAGAACCACGCGUCAAGAUCACCAAGAAGAUGGCAGCCAUGCGCCGAUUCGUAAAGGUUGGUGAACCUUAA